AUGGUUGACAAUACAUCCGACAACGGAGACGUUAGAGUUGAAGAUCAAAGACACGAAUAUGCUACUGAAGUUAAGCUCUUCGGCAAAUGGUCAUACGAAGGUGUGGAAUCCAAAGACUUGUCCUUGAUGGCCUACUUGAACGUCAAGGCUAUUAAAGCCCAAGUUUUCUUCCCAUUCACCGCAGGCAGAUAUCAAAAGAGAAGUUUCCAGAAAGUGAACUGCCCCAUCAUCGAACGUCUAUGCAAUGGUUUGAUGUCCAAGGGUAGAAACAGUGGCAAGAAGCAAUUGGCUAUCAGAAUCGUCAAGCAAGCCCUCGAAAUCCUUGCCAUUACCACUGGUGAGAACCCUCUUCAAAUUGUCAUCGAUGCUAUCAGCAACGGAGGAGCCAGAGAAGACUCAACCAGAAUCGGUACUGGUGGUGUAGUCAGAAGACAAGCCGUCGACGUUUCACCCCUCAGAAGAGUGAAUCAAGCUAUUUACUUGAUCACCAAGGGUUCAAGAGAGUCCUCUUUCAGAACCAUUAAGACCAUGAGUGAGAUCCUUGCUGAUGAGCUCAUCGCUGCUUCAAAGGGAUCCGGUUCAGGAACCAACUCCCAUGCCGUUAAGAAGAAGGACGAAAUCGAAAGAGUCGCCAAGGGUAACAGAUGA